AUGUUUGUGCUGGGCCUACCCUAUGCCAUCCUUCAUGGCGGAUACCUGGGACUCUUUCUGAUCAUUUUCGCUGCAGUGGUUUGCUGCUACACAGGGAAAAUCCUUAUUGCCUGUCUUUAUGAAGAGAAUGAGGAUGGGGAGAUAGUCAGGGUGAGAGACUCCUACGUGGACAUAGCAAACGCAUGCUGUGCACCCCGCUUCCCUACCCUUGGAGGCAGGAUUGUAAACGUGGCUCAGAUCAUUGAACUGGUCAUGACCUGCAUCCUUUAUGUGGUGGUCAGUGGGAACCUGAUGUACAACAGCUUCCCUAAUCUGCCGGUCUCCCAGAAGUCAUGGUCCAUCAUUGCCACAGCAGUGCUCCUGCCUUGUGCAUUCUUGAAGAACCUCAAGGCAGUCUCCAAGUUCAGCUUGCUCUGCACAUUGGCCCACUUUGUGAUCAACAUCUUGGUGAUUGCCUACUGCCUCUCCAGGGCACGCGACUGGGCCUGGGACAAAGUCAAGUUUUACAUUGAUGUAAAGAAGUUUCCCAUCUCCAUUGGCAUUAUUGUCUUCAGCUACACCUCUCAGAUAUUUCUGCCUUCCUUGGAGGGGAACAUGCAGAACCCCAAGGAGUUUCACUGCAUGAUGAACUGGACUCACAUAGCAGCUUGUAUCCUUAAGGGACUCUUUGCCUUGGUUGCCUAUCUGACCUGGGCUGAUGAGACCAAGGAAGUCAUUACAGACAACUUGCCAUCCACCAUAAGGGCAGUAGUCAAUAUUUUCUUGGUGGCCAAAGCCUUGCUCUCAUACCCCUUGCCAUUCUUUGCCGCUGUGGAAGUCCUGGAGCGGUCCCUUUUCCAAGAUGGAAACAGGGCAUUUUUCCCCAACUGCUAUGGGGGUGACGGGCGGCUAAAAUCCUGGGGACUCACCCUCAGAUGUGCCCUGGUAGUAUUCACCCUGCUCAUGGCUAUCUAUGUCCCACAUUUUGCCCUCUUGAUGGGUCUUACUGGGAGCCUCACAGGCGCUGGGCUCUGUUUCCUGCUCCCCAGUCUUUUCCACCUCAAACUCUUGUGGAGGAAGCUUUUGUGGCACCAUGUCUUCUUUGAUGUUGCCAUCUUCGUUAUAGGUGGUAUCUGCAGCGUCUCUGGGUUCAUCCACUCUUUGGAAGGCCUCAUAGAGGCCUUCAGAACCAACACUGAAGACUAAAGAGGGGCCAGAGUCGGUUGCUAUAAGAGAAUCGCAUUGAACAUCUGCAUAGCCAAAUAAUUCUGCAUCCCUUUAAUGGAAAGAGUCAUUAUUUUCGUUACGUGCAUCCAACAAAUUCUGUUAUAGAAUCUGCAAAUUAAAGGAAAUAAGAA